AUGACGUCAGAGGUCACCCAGUCAGGCCGCCAUUUGCCAUGAAAGAGAGAAACACCCGGACAAAGAUGGUGCGCUGUGUCGCUUGCAACACGGGGAGGGCGACCUUCCACAGCUUUCCCAAAGACCUAGGGAUGCGCCAGAAGUGGCUGGCAAAUAUCAGGGACCACCUGGUCAGUGACAUCACGCCCGAAAAACUGGAAUUGUGGCUGCUACACUUCCCAGUCGUCACAAACCCCGGUAUCUGGAGGGUCUGUUCCCGGCAUUUUGAACAGAGGUGUUUCUCGGAGAGGACCAUGACGAAAAUGAUGAACACGGCCUCGAAGAAUAUUCCCAAUCUCCGACUCUGUUACGACGCGGUUCCGACACUGUUUACGGAAGAGGAGAUAUCAAGGAAGGGGCAUAUGAGUCACCUUGGUCCGGCGAAAGCUCCCGAACUUCGGAAGUUGAAACCGAAGGAGCCAGCACUAGAGCACAGUGGGGUUCGUACGGAUAUCAUUCAAGGUGUGCCAGUGAACACACUAGUGAACACUGCAGUGAACAUGCCAGUGAACACACUAGUGAACACUGCAGUGAACAUGCCAGUGAACACGCUAGUGAACACUGCAGUCAACAUGCCAGUGAACACACUAGUGAACAGUGCGGUAAACAUGCCAGUGAACGCAGCAGUGAAUGUGCCUGUGACUGCAGCAGUGAACACACCAGUGAACACUGCAGUGAACAUGCCAGUGAACGCAUCAGUGAACAUGCCAGUGAACACGCUAGUGAACACUGCAGUGAAUGCGCCAGUGAACACACUAGUGAACACGCCAGUGAACACAGUCGGACUAGUGAACACAAGUGUGAACACGCUAGUGAGCUCGCCAGUGAACAGUCUGAACAAACUGGGGAACAUACCAGUGAACACGUUAGUGAACACACCAGUCAACACGCCAGUCAACACGCCAGUCAAUACCUUUAUAUUGACUCAUUCUCUCAUAGGACAAGUCCAGCCUGUCCAGGUUCCAGUAGUUAAGGUGAGUUCAGUGUCAAACUCAAAGGAGGUUGGCAGAAGCAGUCCAGACGUGCCAGCCGAGAACCUCAGGGACAACCUGCAGAGUCAGCUCAGCCGAUGGAAGGGGGCCUGUAAGGCACUGAGGCUCACAGACGACCAGAUGGCCAAGUUCCUACUGGACAGGUAUUACAAAGGGGACAAGUCAGUUUCAGCCUGCACCGGCAGUCAGAGUACCCACAAAACACUGCUGCUAGACCGGGGGUUACUGACUCUGUGGAACGACUCCAUGGCAGACAAGGGCUUCAGCAGUGAUAAAGAUUUCCUCUGGUUCCUGCUGCUUGGGCCUCAGAAGUCAGGCACAGACAGUGAAGGGUUAACUGUCAGAGAGCAUGGGGCCUCAGACGAAUGUGUGCAUGACAAAGUAAGUUACGUAGGGCCUGGUGAUACAGCUUCGGUAACCUACAAAGAAUCGAAUGGUGCUGUGAAUUGUCCACUCACUUUACCACCAACUUCCUGUAAGACCAACCCCACACAGAAGACAAGUGUCGCUGAAACCGCAAAGACCGCACCGGUACCUGUGACUUCCCAAAACUUUUCGCAUGCUGACAGGGAAGCUGGAAAAGACGAUGGAGAGCAGAAACACAGACGCAAGAAGAGAAGGAAGACAGUGCAGGAAGAACCACCAAAAGAUCAUCCAGUAUCCAAUGAUACUGCACAUUCUCCCAAAAAAUGUCGACCCAGCCCCACACAGAAGAAGAAUAUAUCUGAUGAAACUGCAAUGACCACACAGGUACCCGUGACUUCACAAAAUGAUGAAUUGCAGAGUAGAAAGCAAGUACAGGAACCAAAAAAAUGUGAUCCAGUAUUUCCUGACGGGUUGGACAAGGACCGCAGCCAUUGCGACAAUGGCAUACACAGUGAUACAACUCCAACACAACAGGUAGAACUGACAGAGAGUGGAGCAUCAGCACCUUGCACAGCUACUCAAAAGUCCUUGCAUGUACAGAGAGAGAGAAAACCUAGCAGCAAACCAUACGCACCAAACAGGGCAAAGAAAAGAAAGUAUUUUAUACCAGAAGCAUGGAGGGAACCUUCCAAGGACAUGCAGGGCAUGGGUGAUUGUGAAAACAGCACCACAUGUUCUCAGCCAACAAGCGACAGAAACUCGACGAAAAGGGCAAAGAGAAGAAAGUAUCGUAUACCAGAAGCAUGGAGGGAACAUGCCAAGGACAUGAAUGGCUUAAGUACUUGUGUAAACAGCACCACAUGUUCUCAGUCAACUUCUGGUGAAGUUGGCGUAGAUUUGAAAGAUGACGAUGAACUAGAGAUAGACCUUAAUGACUGUAAUAGCUGCAUUACAUCCUCUCAGCUAUGUUCAGGUGCAGUUCCUAUUCCUGUCAAACAAGAAGAUGGCCACAACAGCAGCUUGACCUCUCAGCUAAGUUGGGGUGGCACAGUCAGGACUAAGGUGGAGAAGGAAGAUGAACAGGGGAUGAACCUUUGUAGAUUUGACAACACAAACUUACCUAACAGGGCAAAGAGAAGAAAGUAUCUUGUACCAGGACCAAGGGAGGGGCCUUCCAAAGACAUGAGUAAUUGUGAAAGCAGCACCACAUGUUCUAAGUAUCUUGUACCAGGACCAAUGGCAAAACCCAUCAAGGACUUGGGUGAUCGUGAAAUCACCACCACAGCUCCUCAGCCAAGUUGUGGCGAAGUUGGCAAUGAUUUUAUGGACGAGGAUGAACUGGAGAUAGACCUUAAUGACUGUGACCCUACCACUGCAUCUUCUCAGAUAAGUUCUGGUACAGUCUGUAUGCAUGUUAAACAGGAGGAUGAAGUGGAGAAGACCCUUGUUAGAAGUGACAACCACAGCAUGUCCUCACAACAGAGAUGGUGCAGUGCAGUCAACAUCAAGGUUGAGAAGGAAGAUGGACUAGAGAUGAGCCUAUGUCGUUUUAACAACGCAAACGUAUCUUGUCCUCAGUAUAGCACAAACAUUAACAAAGGCAAUAACGUUGAUUUUGACAAUUGUGACUACACUGGAACACCUCAUGAUACAGUCAGCAUCAAGGUUGAGAGGGAAGAUGGACUGGAGAUGGGCUUUGGUUGUUGUAGUACUAGUAAUACACACUCUGAGGCUGAGCCAAGUUUUGAUACAGAUGACAUUCAGGAAGAGGAGUUAGAGAUGCACUUGGAAAGGGCGAUUCUGGCAACAGCAGAACACCUGGGCUGAAGAAGGCCAAGAGAAGAAC